ACUUUAUGAACAAGACUAUCAGUUCAGGCUAAGUUUUCGCCAACAUGUAAGGAUGCUGCUUUUUUACGAACAUCUCUCUAACGAAAACUUUAAAUUUGGGUGGAAUGAGGUUUCAGUACACAGGUUUUAUCCGCCCUCCAAAGGAAUCACAUUUUCUCCUUUUGUUGCAGUAAUGUCACUCAAGUGUAUUCGUUGCGACAGUCAAUUUGAAAACAAAGACAAAAGGGAUAGACACGUAGUUGAAGAGCAUCUGUCUGUAGUGAAAGUUGAGGAAGUAACUUUGUCUCGCACUUCUUUAGAAUUCCCAUGCUUAUACUGCUCAAAAUUUCUGAAAAAUGCAAAAACCUUGAAGAGUCAUUUGGUCGAGAAACAGCUACAAUGCAUAUUUAUUCACGACUCUAUACAUGAUAUUGCACCUCAAGCCGACCUCGAAGAAAAUCUGAUAUGCUAAAACAGAUGCCUUGGCCAAUACGGUAACAAUAGUCUCUGCGAAUAACAACGACGAACCAACACUACCGGUAUAAAAAAGAUACAGGGAUUUUUAAGUUUAACACCAAGUUUGGUGCAAUGCACCAAAACAAAACAACAUUUAUA